ACCUCACCCCGGCUUCAAGGUCGUGGAAUGACGCAUAAGGUCACCACCACGAGCGACAAGCAGGAGCAAGGACGAGGGUGAUAGAGGCGGUGUGAUGAGCGGAUAUCUCGGUAGCAUCACCCUGCCCCCGACGUUGUUGCACGACCCGAAGUAUCCUCCAGCCAUGCGAGAGAAGGAUUCGAGUCCAAGAAAAAUGCCGGGCCACAUCAGCCCAAAACAAGCGAGCAUAUACCCCCUGAGCGUCCGUGUGCCGGACGUCGAAGAGUUACCGUACGAUCUGAGCCACGGCCACGGUCGCGGCCUCUCCAGUCCGACGAAUCAACAGCAACAGCAGCAACAACAACACCAACAGCCCCACAUGAGUCCCGCGGCGAGGCCACCGCAGCCCCACCAGGACGACCUGGACUGCGAGCCGCUCGAUCUUCGCGUGGAUCACAAGAAGGAGAGGCUACGGGACGAGAACCAGAACGAGAUAGAGGUACUGAACCAGAACAGCCUGGGCAACAGUCUGCCUUAUCACACGGUACUGUUCCCUCAACACCACGCCGUCCAUCCAUUAGUCCUGGAAGCCAUGUACCGGUCGCACCAUCACGGUUCACCGGUUCCGGAUCUGCCCAAGAUCCAAGUCCGAGCCCUGCCCACCAUGGUACCGCUACCACCGAACAGAUUCCCCUCCACAACCUCCUCCACAUCGUCCUCCUCGUCGCAAGCCACCGCUAGGAUACCAAGCCCCUCGGCCGGCCAACAGCAACAGCAACAACAAAGCCAUCCGACCCAACAGCAACAACCGCAGCAACAGCAACAACAACAGCAACAACAAACCUCGUCCAGUCUUCCACCGUACUCGAUCACCGUGCAAGCCGGUUUAAAACCGAAGGACCGAUACUCGUGCAAGUUCUGCGGCAAAGUGUUCCCGAGAUCGGCGAAUCUGACGCGGCAUCUCAGGACGCAUACCGGCGAGCAACCGUACAAGUGUAAAUACUGCGAAAGAAGCUUCAGCAUCUCGAGCAAUCUUCAACGCCACGUACGAAACAUCCACAACAAAGAGAAACCGUUCAAGUGUCCGCUCUGCGAUCGAUGUUUCGGCCAGCAGACCAAUCUCGACAGACACCUGAAGAAGCACGACGCUGACGGACCGACGAUACUCGACGAGGUCCGAUCGAGGUACCACGGACAGCUGCCGAGGGCGGACGAUUCCUAUUUCGAAGAGAUCCGUAGCUUCAUGGGGAAGAUCACCUCGCAACGGCAAGGUAUACCGUACUUCCCUGGAUUGCUCGGCCACGGGGCGGACGAUUUCCGGAACGACAAACAACAGCUUCAGCUGGAGGAGAAACGUGGCGACUCGUCGUACUUCAGCGAUCGGGAUAACCUUAGCUCGAGGUCGAGCAGCACCACCAGCAGACCGGAAAGCGUGCAGGAGGAACAGAGGGACGUCAGUUCGCCGCCGUUGUCACCCGGGAACAAUACCUGA